GCGGCCCACCGAGAGGGGAGCGGCCAGAGCGGCGCCAUGGCGGCGGUGGCGGCGGCGGCGGAGGAGGCCCGGCUGCUGGCCUGGCUGCGCGGCCCGGCGGCGGCGGGGCCCGGAGGCUCCGAGCUCUCCGCCUACGUGGCCGAGCUGGCGGCGCUGGGGCUGGCGGAGCUGGGCCGGGAGCCGGCGCGGCUGGCGGCGGAGAGGGCGCGGGUCGGGGCGGAGACCCGCCGCCUGGCCUUCGAGCACUACCGGGCCUUUAUCCGCUCCGCCGAGUGCACCGGCCGCGCCGGCCGCGGCUUCGGCGGCAUCGAGAGCCGCCUCGGCAGUCUGCUGGGCCGCCUGCCCGCCCUCCAGGACGCCUGCCGGAACUUCAUGCGCGAUGCCGAGGAGAUCGCCUGCAGCCGGCGCAUGAACAGCCUGACGCUGAACCGGCACACGGAGAUCCUGGAGAUCCUGGAGAUCCCGCAGCUCAUGGACACCUGCGUUCGCAACGGCUACUACGAGGAGGCACUGGAGCUCGCCGCCUACGUGCGCCGGCUGGAGAGGAAGCACAGCGGCAUCCCCGUGAUCCAGGGCAUCGUGGACGAGGUGCGCCAGUCUGCCCAGCUGAUGCUGAACCAGCUCAUCCAGCAGCUCCGCACCAACAUCCAGCUGCCGGCCUGCCUGCGGGUCAUCGGCUACCUGCGGCGCAUGGACGUCUUCACGGAGGCCGAGCUGCGCAUCAAGUUCCUGCAGGCGCGGGACGCCUGGCUGCGCUCCAUCCAGGCCUCCAUCCCCGACGACGACCCCUACUUCCACAUCACCAAGACCAUCGAGGCCUGCCGCGUCCACCUCUUCGACAUCGUCACCCAGUAUCGCGCCAUCUUCUCCGACGAGGAGCCGCUCCUGCCCCCUGAGGGGCAGGCCCUCAACGAGGGAGCCAUCUUCCACGGCUGGGUGCUGCAGAAGGUCUCCGAGUUCCUGCGGACGCUGGAGCGCGAUCUCCGGCGCGGGGUGGGCAGCCGCCUGGACUCGCUGCUGGGGCAGUGCAUGUACUUCGGCCUCUCCUUUAGCAGGGUGGGGGCCGAUUUCCGCGGGCAGCUGGCCCCCCUCUUCCAGCGCGUGGCUGCCGCCGCUUUCGAGAAGGCGGUGGAGGAGGCGGUGGAAAAAUUCCGGGAGGAGAUGAAUUCCUACACGCUCAUCUCUGCCCCGGCCGUCCUCGGGGGCAGCGCCGGUGUGCCGGUGCCCGCGGCACAGCCGGGGACGCUGCAGCCGCCCAUGGUGCUGCUGGACUUCCCGCCUCUCGCCUGCUUCCUCAACGGCCUCCUCGUCGCCUUCAACGACCUGCGGCUCUGCUGCCCCGUCGCCCUGGCCCAGGACGUCACCGCCUGCCUGGAGGACGCGCUCGGUGAGGUGACCAAAACCAUCCUGGUGUUCCACCGAGCAGAAGAGGCGGCUUUCAGCGGGCGGGAGCAGGAGCUCUUUGCCCAGUUCUGUACGGCCUUCCUGGACGACCUGCUGCCCUACCUCAACCGCUGCCUCCAGCUCCUCUUUCCCCCGGCACAAAUCGCGCAGGCGCUGGGCGUCCCCCCCACCCAGCUGCAGCGCUUCGGCCGCCUGGGCCGCAUCGACGUGGUCGCCCUCAGGGAGCCGUUGGCUUUUCUCCUGCCGGCGUCGGCAGAGGAGGAACCGGCCCAUGAGAACACCCCGCGCCCGGAGCGGGAAUCGGAAGCCGUGGCCGGGGGGUCCCUGCCUGCGCAGGGGCAGGAGAACCCCCCCACCGGGGCUCUGCUGCCGGACAUUCCCGAGGCCACAGGGUAGCGGGGCUGUGGCUGGGCCGGGCUGCGUCACCCCACGACGGGGGUGCGGGGGUCCCCGGUCCCUGCCUGCCUUCCCGCUGCCCGUACCCCUGCCCGCAGACCUCCUGCCUGCACACCCCCCCCC